UUUAAUGUAUAUAUCUUAUGUGUUUAUCCAUCACAUUGAUUUUUUUUUAUUAAACUACCUCACCGAGUUGUCUAUGCGCAGAUAGCUCUUGGGGAAUCUUCAGAUUUCUUCGUUUGCGUGAGUAUCUCGUGGAUACUCGACCCGCUUAUUGGACUGCUCGACACCCGUCGGCAUUAUCUGGAUAGUCCCGAUAAUAGGAUGUUAUUCUGUAAAAUAUACGAGCUAAUUGCGAUAAUCUGUUCCACCAAAAAUCUGAAAAAUAUCGAGGGUCUCUCACUCCUCAAGUUGUACAAACACGCAGGCGAACGAUAUGAAGAUCCUGAUUUACGGCAUGGUAUUGUGAAAAUGUUUUUUUCGCUUCUUUGCCGCGCAUGGCCGCGAACCGCGUCCAUGGAAAGUUGCUUAAACGCCAUGUGCUCGAGUAUCGCGUCUCAUGAAGACGGUCGAACCAGCCUACAGGAACUGCUGAAGUCAUCGUAUCUAUUUAUCGAUCUAGUUAGGAAAACCCAAAUGCCCUUAAUUCAUAGUUCGUCAUCAACCAGUUUAGAUCAGACCGGCACUCCUGGGAGAGUUCUAAGUCCUCCGAAGUGUGCUCACUACUUUAUAACUCAAUGCCUACCGGUAUUAAUGCAGAAAGCGGCCCCAACAAUAUUUGAUGACCCGGAAAUCGGUAAACGCAUGUUGAAGCUUUUAACUAAAGUCCUGCAAGUCAUACUUACAUUCAGUCUUCCGCCGGAUGCACGCGACUUGACAAUUGAAUGUUUACGUCAGAUCAAACGUCUUGUCAAUAUCCGUGAAACUGAAGGGAAAAAACUAUUAUUUUUGUUCAUCUUGACAAGUGACAACGAUAUUUCGGAAGAGACGUUUUAUGAGAUUCAGGCCGGAUUGACGACCCUUCUUGAAGAAGGAUCAUGUUCCCUGAACUCUGAGUACUGUGGCCUAAUGCUCUAUGGUCUAGUGAAAAGUGAGGAUGCUACCUUUGAUGAACUUAAUGCUCUCAUUUCUCGGAUCUUGGAAACAUUCGGACAGUGGAGACCUACAUUUCAACGAAACGGUUUUCGACUUUUGCUAAAACUUUUAACAAAUCAGUAUACUGAAGAAGUUAUGGAAAACAGAACGAUAAAUGCCCUCUCUGAAUUAGUGACUGCCAUAAAAACGGAAACAAUCGAAUUAUUAGCAUCAGACUUCAUGGAAAACGUUGAGCUGCUAAGCGUAGUUAUCUCCCAUGAGCGUCUAGGCAGAUUUGCUGUGCAUGCGGUCCUUAUGGCAUGCAAGCGUGAGAAAAUGUCGUUCGUUGUAAACGUGCUGAUAGCAUCUCUCCGAGGGACAGAGUGCUUCGCACGCUAUUUGACAACAUUGGAGGCAUCGGAAAUAUUUCACGAUAACCAAGCAAGGCUUUCUAUAAUCUGUGAAUUAAUCCACAAGGUGGUCGGAAGCUCUCCGAGUAUUUACUGGCGUUUCAACCCGGUCAUGAAAUGCGCCUUACUACUUAUGGAUAUGCAAUCUGCAGUAAUAGACUUAGAUAAGAUUAGAAUUCGCAUAUUGUUACAAUUAAGCAUUGCGGCUGUUACUGCUGUGUCGAUAAUUCCGUCGAUUGGUAUUGAUCUCGAUUCUAGCGACGCCUCUCUACAUUCCAAAUUUAUUUGUACUGCAAGCACCUUUUACAGCUCAACAGAAGCUCUGCAGGAAAUCCUAAUCAUUAUCUGCCUUAUCCUACAGAAGUCAUUCAGCCCAGAACGGGAUAAGUUGGAUGCAAUUAUUAGCAAAAAAGACACCUUCCUUCAAAAAGCAGUAGAGCUACAUUUUCCAUUAGUUCUGCAGUUGCUCCUAACGUUAAGACUUGACCGCUUUGAUUUCACAAAUGUGAAGCUUUCCGGCCCAAGACUACAAAACAUGGUGCUAGAUCCCGCGUUCCCUCCACAUCAGAGAUUACUCGCUAUACAGGUUCUGACGGCCGCUUACGAAGCGAGCAACGAUCGACAGUUUCCCCAAUUAGAGCCUUCACUUUCCGUAGAAAAUCUGCAGCGUACUGCACAUACACUUCUCCUCUCCCCGGCAUUCGAAGAGGCCGGUUUUGCUUUGUGGAAGGCCAUUAAAGGUGAGGCCAUUAGUAUACUGACGAUACGAUUGCAAGUCGAAUUGGAAAGCAGUAACGAUAAUGAAGCAGGUGACAAAAGUUCCGAGGGUCCGCCCCAUUCCUGCUGUCCUUUACGGCUCGAUAUUACGCGUCAACUGGAGCAAUAUUUACCGCCCUCUGAAUAUAUUCCGAAGACAUUGGCAGCUUUGUUACAAGCUUGCCGCAAUCUACGUCUUGAUGGGUAUUAA